CAUCCUGGAACAAACGCUCAGUCUGAACACCAUGUCUGUGCGCUUUUCUUCCGCAUCCAGACGGCUUGGCUCCUGUGGGGGAGCAGGCUCUGUGAGGCUUUCUACUGGGGGAGCAGGCUUUGGGGCUGGAAACACGUGCGGUGGGCCAGGCAUUGGAAGUGGCUUCUCUUGCACCUUUGGGGGCAGCUCGUCCACCGGAGGUUUUGGGGCAGGGCUGAGCGGGGGAAGUGCUUCUUGUGCAGCCUUCACCGGGAAUGAGCAUGGCCUCCUCUCCGGCAAUGAGAAGGUGACCAUGCAGAACCUCAACGACCGCUUGGCCUCCUACCUGGAGAAUGUUCGAGCCCUAGAGGAGGCCAACGCCGACUUGGAACAGAAGAUCAAGGGGUGGUAUGAGAAAUUUGGGCCUGGUUCUUGCCGAGGUCUUGAUCAUGAUUACAGCAGAUACUUCCCAAUAAUUGAUGACCUUAAAAACCAGAUAAUUUCUGCAGCUACAAGUAAUGCUAGUGUCGCCCUGCAAAAUGAUAAUGCAAGACUAACGGCUGAUGACUUCAGACUAAAGUAUGAGAAUGAACUGGCCCUGCACCAGAGCGUGGAGGCGGACAUCAAUGGUCUACGCAGAGUCCUGGAUGAGCUGACCUUGUGCAGAACCGACCUGGAGAUUCAGGUGGAAACUCUGAGCGAGGAGCUGGCUUACCUCAAGAAGAAUCACGAGGAGGAAAUGAAGGUCCUGCAGUGCGCGGCUGGAGGCAACGUCAACGUGGAGAUGAAUGCGGCCCCUGGGGUGGACCUCACAGUCCUGCUGAACAACAUGCGAGCUGAGUAUGAGGCCCUGGCUGAGAAGAACCGCAGAGAUGCCGAGGCCUGGUUCAACGAGAAGAGCGCCUCGCUGCAGCAGCAGAUCUCAGAUGACGCUGGGGCCACCACCUCCGCCCGGAAUGAACUCACCGAGAUGAAACGCACUCUUCAAACCCUGGAGAUUGAACUGCAGUCCCUCCUAGCCAUGAAACACUCCCUGGAGUGCUCCCUGACGGAGACCGAGGGCAACUACUGUACCCAGCUGGCGCAGAUCCAGGCUCAGAUCGGGGCCCUGGAGGAGCAGCUGCACCAGGUCAGGACCGAUACCGAGGGCCAGAAGCUCGAGCAUGAACAGCUCCUGGACAUCAAGUCCUACCUGGAAAAGGAGAUCGAGACCUACUGCCACCUGAUCGAUGGCGAGGAUGGCUCCUGUUCUAAAUCAAAAGGCUUUGGAGGCCUUGGGAAUCAGACAAAAGAUUCAUCUAAAACCACCAUUGUUAAAACAGUUGUUGAAGAAAUCGAUCCUCGUGGUAAAGUUCUCUCUUCCAGAGUUCACACCAUGGAAGAGAAACCCACCAAAGUCAAUAACAAGAGUGAACAGAGGGCACCUUCCUAAACUCCAGUCCCCAAGAAAAAAUGGGCCCUAAACUAAAAUACCAAAUCAAAACUAGGUUCCUUAAUAAGGGCCUUCUUAUUUUUCGGUUUUCUUGCAAUUAAUUAAGACAAGCUAUUUUUAGAAUAGUAACAUUUCUUUGGCUUUCUCUAUGGUGAUGUUUCAAUAAAAGUUCUUCCUCUUGCAAGUCA